GUCACACGUGAGCGGAUACGGAAGUAAAGAGUCGUUUCUGUCACCUGACUACUCCGGCUGUAAACACCGACAGCACGUAUUCUUUAUAACGUUUAUUGCAAAAAAACAAAAAAAAACAAAAAACGCCACGGAAACGUCAACUAAAGUCAUGCUGAGGAACCAGAAGUAUGGGCUGGAGGGCCAAGUGUAUACAGUGCCUCUCAUCCAACCAGACCUGAGGAGAGAGGAGGCUGUCCUCCAGAUUGCAGAUGCAUUACUCUAUUUGGAGGCUAUUUCUACAGAUAUUUUCAAAAGAGUGUUAGAGAGUGUGGAGAAAAAUCGUUGUCAACUACAGACAAUAACCGACAGGAUUAGACUUGCCCAAGCACGUGUUGACAAAAUCAAAGGCAGUAAAAAAGCCACGAAGGUUUUCUCCAGUGCCAAGUACCCAGCCCCAGACCGACUCCAGGACUACUCAUCUAUCUUUACUGGGGUCACAGACCCAUCAUCGCAAAGUCAUCCCCGCCAUAGGAUACAGAAUAAGCUUCGGCCAUUUAAUGAGAAGGCCCUGCAGGAGAAGUUGAUGUAUUUCCCAGUGUGUGUAGGAGGCAAGAAGAAAUCUAAGGACGAGACAGAAGAGGGACUAGGAAGUCUGCCUCGCAACAUUUCAUCUGUCAGCUCACUUUUGCUCUUUAAUACCACAGAAAACCUAUAUAAGAAAUAUGUGUUCCUUGAUCCUUUGGCUGGAGCAGUGACUAAAACACACACGACACUGGAGACAGAAAAAGAAGAGAAACCCUUUGAUGCACCGCUCUCUAUUACGAAGAGAGAACAACUGGAGCGACAGACAGCAGAAAGUUAUUUUUAUGUGCCAGACCUGGGAGAAGUGCCUGAUCUAGAUGUGCCAUCGUAUCUGCCUGACCUGCCAGGCAUAGCAGAUGACCUGUCCUACAGCGCCGACCUUGGUCCUGGUUUUGCUCCUUCAGGAUUUCUGCAGAGCAUCCCUGAGCUUCCUUCGUUUGUCUCUAGCAGAAGUCAGUUGCAGCUCGAUGCACCACCUCCUGCCCCCCCCGCGCCUCCUCCCCCACCUGAGCCCAUCGUCAGCUCCACUGGCCCUGCUGGAGCUCCGCCUCCACCACCUCCUCCUGUGAACCGCUGUCCAGAAGUCCCUUUAGCAAUAAGCUCAGGUCCUGUGUCUGGAGCUCCCAGUGAGGUGGUUCAACCGUCAGAUGGCCGCGCCAACCUGCUGGAGUCCAUUCGCAAUGCUGGAGGCAUCGGCAAAGCCAAGUUACGCAACGUCAAAGAGCGCAAAUUAGAGAAAAAGAAGCAGAAGGAACAGGAGCAAGUGAGAGCGGUGUCCAGCGGUGGAGAUUUUAUGUCAGACCUCUUCAACAAACUUGCCAUGCGACGAAAAGGUAUUUCUGGGAAAGGCCCAGCAGGUGAAUCGAGUGACACUUUCCAAGGUGCGGCUGCUGGAUUUGCAAGGAUGUCCGACGUCAUCCCACCUCUUCCUGCCCCACAGUCGACGACAGAUGACGACGACUGGGAAGCUUAAAUCUCGCAAGGCUAGUACUAACAGACAGUAUUUGUUACCAUCAACAGUUACACUGGAAAUAAGCAGUUAUAGAAACUCCUCGAAUUGAACAUUGCAAUUCAUUGUAACAUUCUUAGGGUUUUUUUUUCUUUUCUGUCUCUUCAGCCUUAAGCUUCACAGUGAAGUUAACUCAUAUUAAAAGGUCUUUCACA